GCAGAUCAACUUCCGGUCCUCUCGUGGUUCCACAACACGCUGCGUAGUUAGAAGUGUUCGCAAGUUUGGUGACAUGAGUGCUGAUAAUUCUGGUGGAAACGUGUCUGUUCCUUUACGAAACCUGCUGAACUCCAUCCAGUGUAUCAGAGACCGAGCCAAAGAUGGAGAAUCGAACGAGUCAGAUGGAGUGUUUAACCUCUCCAACUUCUGGGGCACUCUGAACCAGGCAGUGAAGGCAGUAUCCCUGGAAGCCACUAAGCUGAGCCUGGCCUUUUCCAAACCCCCUCUGCCGUCACAACAGGAUGGAGAGAAGUUGUCAGAGUCCAUCCUAAAGAGUGUCCUGACUCUGUCUACAGUGUAUUACUGGCUACCUAAGAGCCAAGGGGUGAGUCUGCGUCGGCAGGUCAGAGACGCCACAGUCGAGGUUCUGGACGGAGUCACACAGCUGCUGGAGGUCAUACUGAGCUCACCGCUGCAAAGUCUGAGCCAGGAACAGCUGACGUCAACUGGAGGAGUGUGGUCAGCCUGUGAUCGGUUUGGUCAGCUGCCUCAAGAUAAUAAGGCAGCAGUGCUGGUGGUUCUGUCCUCUCAGAUUGCAGUUGUUAAAGACGCCAUAGAGGAAAUCGAACAGGCAUUAUCUGAGGCUGAGGAUCCAUUCAACGACGUACUUGAUGAUGACCAGGAAGAGGAGAAUCCUCGGGGCAACCAGGACAUGUACUGGUCAGAACAGGACCGCCGAGUGAUUGCUCCGUGUCAAGGGCUGAUGAAAGCAUCGACGGCGUGUCUGAGGAAACUGACGUCGGCCGUCAAAGCUAACGGCGACUCAGGCUCACCCCAGAAUGUGGCUCAGCUUGAUGACUUGGCCGACAUCAGCAAGGAAAUCAGCCCUGGCGUUGAUGAUCUGGCCCUCUGCCUGUAUCCGCCCAUGGACUACAGUGGAGUAGAAAACAAUGUAUCUAAACUGGCAGCACUUUUAAAGAAAUUUCUGGAGAUUAUCAGGUCCAGUCAUGUGUGUGGCGAAUCAGAGCUGACCUGGGUUCAGUUCUUAGAGGGAGCCGUCGACCACAACCUGCAGAAAGCCAAAGACCUCAUUCAGCAGGACAGCUAGUGUUUCUGUGCAGUGAGGAGUGCUUUUAUGUGGUGGUGUAAGGAAUGAAUGCAGUGUGAAUUUGUGCAAAAACACAAAAAUGUACAACAAAAACAUAAACACAUGGACUUACAUGAACUCUUCCACAAUAACAAGCGUCAUUAUGUAACUGCAUACAUUAAUUUUGUUUGGUAGCUACAGUUAUAAAAACACUCAACUGCUUGUCAAACACACAACUUGUUUUUUAAACUGUUGUGUCACAACCUAUCGAAGGGGUUUAGUAAAGCAAGCGAACGCUCCUGAUUAAAUUGUUGGGUCAUGAAGACUAACUGAAUUUCAUCAUUUAGCAUAUCGUGUCUCAAAGAACUGGUGUUGAAUAUUACAGUGUACAAAGCAAAAUAAUGUUUAGGGUGAACACAAGGCACCAACUCCCCUUUCCGUCUGUUAGCUCGGCGUGGUGACUGAUGUUUGCAGCAGCCAAGAACUCGGGAGAAAACUAUAUUUCUGUCGGAGACAACAGAUUGCCUGUCAUGCAGGUGAUGCCAAAAGCAAAACCUGAAAUCUACCGUGAGCAGGACCAGGCUUGUCUCAAGGGAUAUGGCACACUGAUGUACUGAUUUAUCUGCUCUUUUAUGAAGCAAAAUGUAAUGGAAAUAAACACGGCAAGAACGUUUUUGCUCUAAUUUUUUAACUGGCCGGCUUUUCUGUUUGCCCAUCCAUCCAUCCAUCCAUCCAUCCAUCCAUCCAUCCAUCCAUCCAUCCAUCCAUCCAUCCAUCCAUCCAUCCAUCCAUCCAUUUUCUUCCGUUUAUCUGGGGUCGGGUCGUGGAGGUAGCAGACGAAGCAGGUCGUUCCAGACGUCUCUUCGCCCAGCAACCCUUCCCAGCUCUUCCUAGGGGAUCCCGAGUUGUUCCCAGGCCAGACGAGAUAUAUAAUCCCUCCAGCGAGUUCUGGAUCGUCCUCCAAAGGAAGUCUCCCUGGAGGCAUCUGAAUCAGAUGUCCAAACCACCUCAUCUGUCUCCUUUCAACGUGAAGGAGCAGCGGCUCUACUCAGAGCUCCCUCUGGAUGUCCGAGCUUCUCAUCCUAUCUCUAAGGUUGAGCCCAGCCACCCUGUGGAGGAAGCUCAUUUCAGCCGCUUGUAUCCGCGAUCUUGUUCUUUUGGUCAUUCAUUCAUUCAUUCAUACCAAACCUUAAAUAUAAAAUGUCAGUUUUUCCUAUCAAACAGAGACACAGAAUGUGAAAUAAAAUGGCUUGUUGAGCUCUGUGUAGAAUAAAACGAUAACUUUUG